AUGUUUCACUCAGACCGAAUGUGGAGCUGUCAUUGGAAAUGGAAGCCAAGUUCUCUUUUGUUCUUAUUUGCUUUGUGUCUUGUGUAUGCUCCUCUCUCAGUAUGGGCAUGUGCCAACUGCAGGGUGGUCCUCUCCAACCCUUCCGGGACCUUUACUUCUCCGUGCUACCCUAACGACUACCCCAACAGCCAGGCUUGCAUGUGGACCCUCCGAGCCCCCACGGGCUAUAUCAUUCAGAUAACAUUUAGUGACUUCGACAUUGAAGAAGCUCCCAAUUGCAUUUAUGACUCAUUAUCCCUUGAUAAUGGAGAGAGCCAGACGAAGUUUUGUGGAGCAACUGCCAAAGGCCUAUCAUUUAACUCAAGUGCGAAUGAGAUGCAUGUGUCUUUUUCAAGUGACUUUAGCAUCCAGAAGAAAGGUUUCAAUGCCAGCUACAUCAGAGUUGCCGUGUCCUUAAGGAAUCAAAAAGUCAUUUUACCCCAGUCACUUGAUUCUUACCAGGUAUCUGUUGCAAAAAGUGUCUCUAUUCCAGAGCUCAGAGCUUUCACACUCUGCUUUGAAGCAACCAAAAUCGGCAAGGAAGACAGCGAAUGGAUAGCUUUCUCCUACUCAGGUGCAUCCUUCCCACAAUUGCUCAGUUUCGGAAAGACCAAGAGUGGCUACUUUCUAUCAUUUUUUGGCUCAAAAUGCUUACUAAACAGUGCUUUACCUGUGAAAGAUAAGGAAGAUAUUUUCACAGAAAGCUUCGAGCAGCUCUGCAUUGUUUGGAGUAGUUCUUUGGGCUCCAUUGGUGUAAAUUUCAAAAGAAACUAUGGAACAGUUUCAUGCAAUUCUACGAUUAGUAAAGUUAUUCCCGGGAAUGGGAAAUUGUUGCUGGGCUCCAAUCAACAUGACAUUGGCUCCCUCAAAGGGGACAUUUAUAACUUUAGACUUUGGAAUUUUACCAUGAGUUCCAAAAUCCUCUCCAACCUCAGCUGCAGUGUGAAAGGGAAUGUGGUGGACUGGCAAAAUGACUUCUGGAAUAUCCCAACCGUAGCUCUGAAAGCUGAAAGCAACCUCAGCUGUGGUUCCUACCUGAUUCCACUCCCAGCAGCAGAGCUAGCCAGCUGUGCAGAUUUGGGGACCCUCUGCCAAGCUACUGUAAACCCUCCUAGUACUACAUCACCCACUGUCACCACUAACAUGCCUGUUACUAACAGAACCGAUAAACAAAGGAAUGAUGGGAUUAUUUAUAGAAUUUCCAUAGUGAUUCAAAACAUCCUUCCUCACCCCGAGGUGAAAGUACAGAGCAAGGUGGCAGAAUGGCUCAAUUCAACUUUCCAGAAUUGGAACUACACUGUUUAUGUGGUUAAUAUCAGUUUUCACCUGAGCACUGAAGAGGACAAGAUUAAAGUGAGGAGAAGCGUUGUGACUGACCAAAGGUUGGUGAUUUUGGCCCUUUUGGUUUAUAAUGCUACCAACAAUCCCACUUUAGAAGGAAGAACCAUUCAGCAGAAGCUUUUAAGAAAUAAUGAGUCCCUGGAUGAGGGCUUGAGGCUACAUACAGUGAAUGUGAGACAACUGGGUAUAUGUCACUCUGUUGAGGAACCCAAAGGCUAUAAAUGGCCAAGCAUCCAACCUUCUGAAUACAGAAUGCCCUGUCCAGGGAAACAGGGCUUCUCUGCUUCACGAACAUGUUAUAAAGACUCUGUCAACACUUCUAUAGCCUACUGGGGGCCUCCCGAUAUCUCCAAUUGCUCAAGGGAAGCAAAUGAAGUUGCCAAUCAGAUUUUAAAUUUAACCAGUGACGGGCAGACAUUAAGCUCCGCCAAUAUCACCAGCAUCGUAGAACAGGUCAAAAGGAUUGUAAAUAAAGAAGAAAACAUUGAUAUAACGCUUGGCUCAACCUUAAUGAAUAUAUUUUCUAAUAUUUUAACCAGCCCAGACAGCGAUUUGCUUGAGUCAUCUUCUGAAGCUUUGAAAACAAUUGAUGAAUUGGCCUUCAAGAUAGACCUACAGAGCACAACACACGUGAAUAUCACAACUCGGAAUCUGGCUCUUGGAGUAUCAUCUGUGUCCCCAGAGACCAAUGAAAUUUCAAAUUUUAGCAUUGGUCUUCCAAGCAAUAAUGAAUCAUACUUCCAGAUGGAUUUUAAGAGUGGACAAAUGGAUCCUUUGGCUUCUGUCAUUUUGCCUCCGAACUUACUUGAGAACCUAAGUGAAGAGGAUUCUGUAUUAGUUAAAAGAGCACAAUUUACUUUCUUCAAUAAAACUGGGCUUUUCCAGGAUGUAGGAACCAAGAAAGUCACCUUAGUAAGCUAUGUGAUGGCGUGCAGUAUUGGAAACAUUACUAUCCAGAAUCUGAAGGAUCCUGUUCAGAUAAAGAUCAAACACACAAGAACUCAGGCAGUGGCUCGUCCCAUCUGUGCCUUCUGGGAUUUGAACAAAAAUGAAGGUUCUGGAUUUUGGAACACUUCAGGAUGUGACAGACACAAAGAUUCAGAUGCCAACGAGACAGUCUGCCUGUGUAACCACCUCACCCACUUUGGGGUUCUGAUGGACCUUCAAGGAACUGCCUCACAUUUGGAUGCAAAGAACACUAAAAUCCUCACCUUCAUUACCUAUAUUGGGUGUGGAAUAUCUGCCAUCUUUUCAGCAGCUACCCUCCUGACAUAUGUUGCUUUUGAAAAAUUACGAAGGGAUUAUCCUUCCAAAAUCCUGAUGAACCUCAGCACAGCUCUGCUGUUUCUGAAUCUCGUCUUCCUCCUGGACGGGUGGAUCACCUCAUUUCAUGUGGAUGGACUUUGCACGGCCAUCGCAGCCUUGCUGCACUUCUUCCUUCUAGCUGCCUUUACCUGGAUGGGACUAGAAGCGAUUCACAUGUACAUUGCUCUGGUGAAAGUAUUUAACACUUACAUUCGCCGGUACAUCCUGAAAUUCUGCAUCAUUGGCUGGGGUGUGCCUGUCUUAGUUGUGUCCAUUGUUCUAGCGAGCAGAAAGCAAAAUGAAGUCUAUGGAAAACACAGUUAUGGAAAAGAACAAGGUGAUGAAUUCUGUUGGAUACAGGAUCCUGUCGUAUUUUACGUGACCUGUGCCGGGUAUUUCGGACUCAUGUUUUUGCUGAACGUCGCCAUGUUCAUUGUGGUGAUGGUGCAGAUCUGUGGGAGGAACGGCAAGAGAAGCAGCCGGACGCUGCGUGAGGAGGUCCUCCGGAACCUGCGUAGCGUGGUCAGCCUGACGUUUCUCCUGGGCAUGACGUGGGGGUUUGCUUUCUUUGCCUGGGGACCUUUGAAUGUCCCCUUCAUGUACCUCUUCUCCAUCUUCAACUCGUUACAAGGCUUUUUUAUAUUUAUCUUCCACUGUGCUAUGAAGGAGAAUGUUCAGAAACAGUGGAGGCGGCAUCUCUGCUGUGGUAGAUUUCGGUUGGCAGACAACUCAGAUUGGAGUAAGACAGCUACCAACAUCAUCAAGAAAAGUUCUGAUAAUCUAGGAAAAUCUUUGUCCUCCAGCUCCAUUGGUUCUAACUCAACCUACCUUACAUCCAAGUCUAAAUCCAGCUCUACCACCUACUUCAAAAGGAACAGCCACACGGAUAAUGUCUUCUAA